AUAUGGCCGAUGGCGUAUAUGUCAGUAGCAUAUCAAUGUUUUCCAAUUGGUUUUCCUUAGAUUUCAGAAUUUUUUAGUCGUAAGAUAGUUUAAUUUGUAAUAUAUUAUGUCAGCUAAUAAUUUAUCAACAGUUUUAAAAUCAUGUUCGGAGAGUGAACUUAUAAACGAAGUUGCGGAAGCAAAUAUGACAUCAAAACAGGUAGAAGGAUCCCGAUUAAAACGUACCUUUACGUUACCUCGUAAUCCCUUUGGGACAUCGAAGGCCACUUCAAGUAAAAAUAAGGCCAAUGAGAAUGAAAGUAAGCCUACUAGUGGAAAGAAUACAAUGAGUGUUAAUCAAAAAGAUGAGGGAGGUAUGGAAAGGAAGUUAUUUAGAAGGCCUUCAUGGAAGAUAUUUUUGAACAAAAUCGCUCAACAUAUGACUACAGUGAACAUUUCAGGCGUAAAAUCUCAACCAGUUAUACCACAUACCGAAAGAGUACCUUGCAGUGGAGAGCCGCCAUGGCCGCCUGGAGCCGUCCCAGCAGCCACUGGCAUCAAGAAUCACGGCAAUACUUGCUACAUGAAUGCUGUAUUACAAUGCCUCUCUCAUACAGAUGUUAUUGCUGAGUAUUUCGUUUUAGAACAUUAUAAGAUUGAUUUGCAAAAAAGAAAUAAGAUUAAUUCCAAAAAAUAUGGUACACGGGGUGAGGUCACCGAGCAACUGGCAGCUUUACUAAAGGCACUAUGGUCAUGUCGAUACACAUCAGAUAUGAGUGUAUCUUUUAAGGCAGCAGUGGAACGGCACGGAACACAAUACAGAGGACACAGUCAGCACGAUGCACAGGAAUUCCUUUUCUGGCUAUUGGAUAAAGUUCACGAGGAUUUGAAUACAGCUACUAAGAAGAAAUAUAAAACAAUCAAAAAUACAGUAGGUAAAUCUGAUGAGGUGGUGGCAGCAGAGACGUUGGCGAACCAUGCUCGUAGGAACAGUUCUUUUGUGCAGGCUGUGUUUCAAGCACAGUACAGAUCAGCCCUUACAUGUGCGAAGUGCGAGCGUACAUCUUGUACGUUUGAUCCUUUUCAUUGUGUGAGUGUUCAACUUCCAACGCGACCAGCCACAGCACAACCCUCACCGUUACCUGUCAAUGUCGUGUAUGUUAAUCAACAACCUCGCCAAGUGCGUAUUGGAGUGGAGCUUCCUCCUAACUCGACAAUGGAUGACCUCCGAACCGCUCUGAACUCGGAUACUGGCAUUGAUAGAGAUAAUAUCAUACUGGCUGAGAUAAAUGAGACCGGUUGGAGCACUGCUCGCGCCGGUUGGGAGGCAGCUGGUAUAGACGCAGGCGCCCUGUACUGUCUAGAGGCGCCUCCUCUUCUUCAGACACCCACUGCACCAUAUCUCCUGCUACUAUGGGUCAAUCUGCUGGAAGGAGAUCGUUUCGGUUCUCCAUACGCUAUGCAAGUUCCAAGAGAGAUAUCAUACGAAGAUCUUCAGAAACUCAUGUUGAAAGAGAUGUGUCAAGUGAUAGCUGAGAAUGUGCUUGAAAAUGCACAAGGGACUGAUAUAUUCAAAGCUAGGAUCGCGGAAGCUCAUAGACCACGUGACCCAGCAUAUCUACAGCCUGAGCUACCUCAUCCCCUGUUUGCUUUGGAUGUCGAACAAGCACUGUGCGCGCACGACAAAUAUCCUCAUCUUAGACUCGAACUGUUAUGGGAUCCUGCUCAUAGGGACAGUAUAAUCCGUGAGUCGAGCGAGUCGUGUGAGGUGCACGUGUCCGCGGUGCAACCCGGGCCGCUCACACUACACGCGUGUCUACAACACUACACGAGGGCGGAGCAGCUGGCGCAGGAGGACGCCUGGAGAUGUCCACAGUGCCAGAGAUAUAUGCCGGUCGUAAAAACUCUUGGUCUAUGGUCACUACCUGAUGUUUUAGUCAUUCAUCUGAAGAGAUUUAGACAACAAGCCAAAUGCCGCACCAGUACAAAACUGACCACAAUGGUAGAGUUUCCUAUCAACGACUUUGAUAUGACACCCCACCUCGUACGUCGGAACCAAGGUAAUGUGGAGUCGCCCGGACAUUCCCGGUCGCCUCGACGGAGACAUUCGAAAACGCCGGCUACUCAUGAAAAUAUAUAUGAUCUUUACGCUAUAUGCUAUCACCACGGAGAUGAUUUAGAAACCGGUCACUAUACAGCAGCGUGUAGAAAUCCAUACGAUAGGCACUGGUACAAAUUUGACGAUUCCAAGGUCACCCGAGUAGAUGAUGAGAACAAGUACUCGGAACUGGUGAAUAACUCUGCCUACAUGCUGUUCUACAGACGGAAGAAACCGCAUGUCGUCCAUUCGUGUUCGACGGAAGACAAUGAACAUUGGGCCUUACGUAUGCCAAAAUACGUGAAGCCGGUCGGAGAACAUCUCAACGAAAUAGCAGAGAUCAAGGAAGAAAAUGUCGAUGAUACUAAAACGGCUUCCAAAGAAACUUUACAGCUCGAAUCACCGACCGUAACGCCGUCUAGAAGUAUAUCUAGUCUAUCCGACAAGACGGAGAGUCCCACCAAGCAGCCCAUCGUUAUACACAGCACCACAAUGCAAUCUCCAACAUUACAGCGACCGUUAAUAGUCGAAGUUAACGGUGUUGCGAACGACGACCUAAGCGAUUAUGAAAACGAAUCGAGUAUGCCAAUUGAGCCGUACAUACAUAAAGAUGUACAUGUCAAUCCUAAAAUGACCCCAGUGGAUACAAGGCGGCCCAGGUCAGUAGAUUACCCCGCCAAGUCCAGUACCUCGCCGUCGUCCAGGGAUUCGAAUAGGAACUAUGAAAGUUCACCACUGGUUGCUAGCAUCAAUGGAGUCGAAUAUCAUCCCACCACCGAGGAUCUGAUGCUGUCCAUGUUCCAGGAGUCGAAAUACAUAGUGCCGAGACAUAUGACAGGGGAAUCCCACAGGACAGGUGAGAAAUCCGUUUGGAAAACUCGAAUAUCCACGUGAGAGCAGCUGUUGAAAUUCAUAUACUCUUUAUCCUAUAUUUAUUUUACUUGUACCUUUAGAUCUGAUGAUGCCGAUUAGGACAUUUUUAACUAACGGUUUCUGAACGUUUGUGUAUCAGAAUGACAUGAGCUUCCUAAACGAAUUAUAUUUCAUUUGACGUAUGACGAUAUGUCAAUUUUAAAAAAUGUCUAGUUUCAGUUGUGUGCUAGUUUGUUUUUAAGGGUAGCUCUGUAUUUAUAGAAUUUGGUUAACUUGAAGCUAGUGUAGUGCAAGUGUAUGUAGCGUGUUAGUGACUUAGUUACGGAGUAAAGGAUUUGUCAUUGUAAUACCACACUUGUGCCUUGGCUAUAGGGUGUUAAUUUGUGAUUGAAAAAUUAUACGAUACGAUUAUCCGCUAGGAAUUUGAUUGUGAGAUAUUUGUAUUAAAUGCAAUUGUAUAAUGUAUAGAUGUUAUGUCUCGUUUCAUAUAAUCUUGUACUUGAUUCGGUAGUUUUGUAUUAACAUUUCUGGAUAAACUUGCGUAUUGCGUUAGGUGAUGACAGUUGGUGCAUUAAAUAAGGUUUGUCAGUACAUUAUAUAAUAUAUGGAAUAAUUACGCGAAGUAUAAUAUUAUUUAAGCAUAAUUUGUGAAUCAUUGUAUAUAUAUAUAUUUGGCUUUGUAUUCUUUUUAUAUAUGCGAUUUAUGGGUAUACUUUUUGUACCUUAAGAUAUUCCUGCUCGGGAUGACAGCUAUGUAAAUAUUGAUAAAUGUUCAUCUCAUCAUAUUGAUAAAUUCUAUUGAAAUUAAUUUUUAUAAAUGACAAUUAUAUGAACAGUGUCGUAUUAAAAAUAACAUACGCACCCAAGAAAAAAGACUAAUUACAUUAAUUACUAUAAUUGUACUGCAGAAUAAAAUCUUUAUGUCUGUAAACUUACGUUGCAGUUACUUAGAAUGUUACCAAGUGAAUCACAACAGUAUCCGUUACCAUCAAGAUAGGAUAUGAUUGAUGAAAAAAAUACUUAAUUACAUAUUAUUUAUAAAGGAAAUGGCCUGUAAUGAAAUUAAACAAAUACUGUACUGUACUGUAAUUUUGGCCUAAUGCUAUAUUAUUGUUCAGUUGAAGUCAAUACCUGUGUAUGGAUAAUUUUGCUCUCAUUUCUUUGUUAGUGAAAUAAACGACCUUUUAUUUAUUAGUAAUCAUAGUGAAAUUGAUAUAUAUCUACAUGGUGUUAAGCGGUCGUUUGUUCUCAAUUUUUUAUUGUAUUAAUUAUGUUGUUUUCAUUUUUAAAAUGUUUAUUUUAUUAAUUAAACCACAUUACGUUGAAAUAUAAGUGUUAUGCACCCGA